AUGGUAGGGGUGACGAAGACCUAUAAGCUUACCUACGAAGCUGCGGAGGUGACGCAUGCGGUCUUUAAUCAAAACCUUGUGAAAAACACUUGGAGAAUAAGUGCACUAAUGCUGAGAUCUCUCAUUGAAUAUUUCAGCGCUGGCACGGAGCAACUUGAUGUAUCUACCACAAGUGGUCGAACAACAUUCACCAGCUACACUGAAAAGAUCAUGAAUGGCAAAGAUAUCUUGAAACAGCCGCUUCAGACCUCUGUGACAAUAGACAAUCUUGACUUCGAAGAGUUCGAGGUUGAAGAAAAUUUACAUAUUGGCAUAGCCGUGAAGGACUUCAAAGCCAUUGCCACACAUGCGGAGUCCCUCAGGACUAGUGUCACUGCCCGUUUUUCCUUGCCGACCCAUCCAAUGCAGCUUCGCUAUAGGGAGAUUGGUAUCAGUUCUGAUUUCACUUUGAUGACAAUUGGAGAAUAUCGUGGAGGACCGGAGAGGCCCACGUCCGCGCGUGCGCUAUCGAAGAAGGCAUCGGUACCUUUAGCGCAGCACUCUUCCGUCUUACAGCAGCAAGACCGAAACUCACAUACCGCUCAUCUAGAGGAGAACCCGAUGCCCCCACCAGUCCAUCCAGCUAGUCGCCACGUCAAUAAAGGCCCCACUCAAAUGCAGAGCGCUCAGAGCACUCAAAGGGCUUCACCGCCACGCCCAAAACCAAGCCUGGACCCAGAAAGCCUCUUCCACCACCAGAACGAUGAUACUGAUGAAGAUCGUCAAUGGGGCGAGAGAAAUUAUGUUGAAGAGGAGGACACCGUAGGCUGGAGUGCAAGUGCCGUCAACGUAUCAAAUCCUAAAUAUCUUCCAUGGCCACAGUACAGCUGA